GAGAGAACACUCCACAACAGCUGAUCAGCCGGAUGCCCGGCGACCGACGCUGUGCCGUCAGUAUCUCCGUCGCGACGUCCCAGGCCGACGUCGAGUUCUGAGUUCCGCCCCCACCGACGCUAAACACGUGCACGAUCGGUAAGAAGAAAAACAAAGUCGUUGGUUAUGAAUUUUUAUGAUUGUUUUUAAAGUUUUUUUGGUGUAAUUUUUUAUUUGGAGUUGUGUACCAGCUUGGUAGACUUAAAUUAGAAUUUCCCUCCAAUCCGGAUGUUGGCAAAGCAAAUAUUAAAGAGACAAACGUAGAGGUCGCACAAAAUGUCCAGCGAACCAGAUAGUAAUAAACAUCGCAGUGCCGGUCACUCUUCGGGAACCAUCAAAAAGAGCAAACAUCGGUCGAGGUCCACUCCCCGGCACAACGAUGUGGAGAAACCGAGAAAGAAGAGACACACGAGCGCCGCCACCUCGUUCGCCUCCAUUCCAAACGCAAUCAAAUUGUCGAUGCUCAACAGCGGCUUACUCCCGACUAGCAGAUUUAAUAAUGAAGAAAACGGCGGUGGUGUGGUAGCGACAGUAACGGAUAAUCCAAUAGAACUGAAGGAUUUUAUGAAAAUAUGUGAUCAACGGAGGAAGUUUCCUGUAUUAUAUAAAUUAGAAUUUGAGAUCGCCAUUAAGGUAGAAACUCAUUCCUGUAGGCAUGGUACCAAGAAAAGUAAUUUAGAAAAAAAUCAAAACCAAAGAUGCAUUCCUUAUGAUUACAAUAGGGUAGUGUUAGAUUCAAUAGAAGGCGAACAUGAUACUGAUUAUAUUAACGCUUCUUAUGUAGAUAGUUUACUAAAACCUAACGCAUACAUCGUAACACAGGGUCCAACUGAAGAAACUGUAACAGAUUUUUGGAGGAUGGUAUGGCAAGAAAAGGCUAGUUGUAUAGUGAUGCUUACGAAAACUUUCGAUUUCAUUAGGGUUAUGUGCGUCCAAUACUGGCCCGCGUCCAAAGAAUUAGAAGAAGCUUACGGAGGCAUUAACGUUCAGAUUCUAGAAGAAGAAGAGUUGGCAAACUUUCAUAUAAGGACGUUCAGACUGUUUAAAAAGGAUGCCAACGCCGUCACGGAAGAACGGACGAUUCUGCAAUUUCAUUACACUCAGUGGCACAGCCAUUCUUGUCCGUUUACGAAUGCCCUUUUGGAGUUCCGAAGGAGAGUCAGAGCUGUAGUAGGUCAUGUAAUAAAAUCCAACGAAGCUGGACCGAUGGUCGUUCACUGCAAUGAUGGAGGAGGGAGAUCAGGUGUAUACCUUUCAGUGGAUGCUAAUAUGGAAUUAGCGGAAGAAGAGGAUAAGUUUGACGUGUUUGGAUAUUUGAAAAAAUUGAGACAAUCUCGAAAAGGGUUGGUAGAUAAUGUGGAGCAAUAUAAAUUCAUCUACGACACCCUCGAGGAGCAUGUAACUUGCGGUAAAUCGUGGUUUCCCGUCAGCGAACUUUCUCCACGGCUGAAGCAGAAAUCCCAGAAAAAUCCCUUGACGAAGUUGAAUGAAUAUCAAAGGGAAUACAUGCUGAUUUGCAAACAGACGCCGAGAUUUACGAUAGGAGAUUGCGCCGGAGGACACAGGGGAGACAACAGGAAGAAAAAUAGGGAUGUUCUUAUUGUUCCGCCUGACAAUUUUCGUCCCUACCUUACAUCAUUCCAAGGAAACAGUUAUACGGACUACAUUAAUGCAGUAUUUGUAGACGGAUACACCAAACCCAAGGAAUAUAUAGUGACAGAAUGGCCUAUAAAGUCAACUUGCGGGGAAUUUUGGUCGUUGGUAUACGACUACGAUUGCUCUGCAGUUGUGAUACUAUGUGUGCCUCCAAAUAACUCGCAACAGUUUCCAAAUUUUUGGCCCGAGGGAAGAGCGUCCAAAAAAUAUGGCCCUGUAUUUACCAUAGAUCAUAUAUCACAUAGCCAUUAUACGAAUAUACGAACUUGGGUGUUUAGAAUAAAUAAAAAGAUUGUGUCCCUAACAGAACUGAUGGCUGGAGUUAAAGCUCCACCAAAGACUGUCCAACUAUUUCAGUUGACUUGUUGGCCCAUGGGCCACAAAGUACCAACAUCGACAAAUUCCUUAGUAGAGCUCAUGAACAUGGUCGAAAGAUGGAGGCAACGGUCAGACUAUGGACCUGUUUGUGUGGUUUCCCCGGACGGAAGAAGUAGGUGCGGAAUAUACUGCUCUGCAAAUGCUUGCAUAGAACAAGUCAUCCAACAUGGCGAAGUGGACGUUUUCCAAGCUGUUAGAACAGUUCGAAGACAUCGACCCCAACUUAUAGAAAAUAUUACGGAAUAUAAAUACUGUUACGACGUGGUUCUACACUACGUCCUGCAUUACCUUCAAAAAGACCUUGAAGAAAUUAAAAUCAAGCAUUAGUGAUACUCUAUACAACUGGCUGCCAGUUGAUUUAUUAGGUACCAGCUGUGCCAUUUGAACCAAGAACCACUUGAAGAAAGAAAUAGGCUUGUAUCUUGUGUCCAAUCUAAGGUCCAGCUUUAUACAUUCAUAUUUUAUAUGUGAAGAGCACUAGAUUGAUAUAUCUGUGUUUACCUUCUAUUGGUAAAGGCAAUCAUAGGAAAAUAUUACAAGUUUUAGAAAAAUUGAAUAAUAUAAAAGAGCUGUGUUCUUUUUGUUGGGCUUGUUGAUAAAAAAUAUGUACUCAGAUGUCUGAGAUCAAUCACUACGUUAAUAGUUCGUAAGUUAGUUAAUUAAAAUCACAUUUUUAUAAAAAUCUAACAAUAGGAGAAUACAUUAAUAACAAGUUGCCAUCAAACAGUGGCCGCAAAUAAUUUUCUUCUUCUUUGUGUGCCGUGCUUGUUUUCAAGCGUUGGCUAUCGUCAUAUUAACCCUUAAGUACUAACACCCUGUCUUCCAGACGGCAUCGCUUGUCAAAAGUGGGAUAUUUCCCUUUCUAGAAAAUUUUGAAGGUCACCCGUUUACGACUUUUCAAGUUGGGUUGUUCUUUAGUAGUAUUGAAUUCGGCAAUUUGCGGCAGGUUGUUAUUCGAAAGAUAUUUAGGCUCAAAGUGUGAUUUCCGUCUAAUAGACGGGGUGUUAGUGUUUGUGCCCAGUUCGUCAUUACACAUAAUGUGCCCCAGUUCGUCAAAAAACAUCAAAUAAGGGAAUAAAGACCCUGAGGAAACUCUUUUGGAAUGGUUUGAUGAGGUAGAAGACGACAAAAGCGAAGUGGAAUCAAUUUGUGAUGAAAAUGUUGCCACUGACUACCAUUGCUACACUGUACUAACUAUAGUACCUGUCAGUUUUUUUUUGUUUUAACAUUUUUUAAAAACCUUUUUGUUUUCAUUUUUCUUACUCUUUGUUUAACUCGAUUAUAAAUUUUUAUUAAGAUUCUUUAAUUCAUUUAUUGUCGUUGUUGUAUUUAUGCUAAGUCCGUUAUUGGGGCAUUCUCGAUCUAUAAGGAAUUGAAGAUCUUCGAUACUUUCAGCCAUGAUCGCGGUGUCGUCUGCAUUAUAUCUGAUGUUGUUAAUAGUUUCUCCCCCGAUUCGAACUCCACAUUGUCUUUCCAAGGCUUCGUUAAAAAUUAUUUCUGAUCUUUAUCAUCUAUUCCAAUCAUACCCUAUCAAAAGCCUUCUCAAAAUCUAUAAAGCAGUAAAUUGGUUUCUGUACUUCUAAUUUUUCAAAAAUGAAUUACUAUUAAUUUAAGUAGAACUAUUUGUGGCCACUUUCUGACUGGCAACCUGUUAUUAAUGUAUUCUUCUAUUAGGAAAAGAUUUAUCCAUAAUUCACAAACGAGGUGUAGAGGUACCAAAUAAUACACUCUCUCCAAGAUGAACCACAAAUCAACUUACUUAAACAUUUUGAACGCGUUUCGGCCCAACGCGCGUCAUCAUCAGCAAUAGCAGAUAACAAUAGGGCUUUUCAUCGAUUGUCAUUUGUUUCGAGCUUCUAUCAUAUGUUGUAUAAUCUGUGUAUAAUAUUAAUAUACACGGAUUAUACGACAUUUGACAGAGGCUCGAAACAAAUGACUGUGAAUGAAAAGCCCUAUAAACCUACAAUAAUUUCUUGAUUAAAACAAAUUGUUUUAAUUAACAACUUAAUAUGGAUGAUGGAUGACAUGGAACACGUUCAAUAUUAGAGUUGACAUGAUAACUGACAAUCAACAGACCGCGUUGUAGCACGAAAUGGCGUUUUUUAUUCUGUGGUUAUGCUUAAUAUAUUACACAGACAUCAAUUUUUUUGUUGAUCAACAAAUGUUACUUACUGUCUUUAAACAGGCUCAAUAAAAGGAAAACAAUCGUUUACUUACCUUUUAAGGAUAACUAAGACUUUUCUACAAAAGUAUACAGUUUUCUAAAUAUUCAAAAAACGAAUUUUAUAAUAUAACAUAACCUAAAAUAUCUAAACACUUGAAAUCAUUAAACAUUGCAAGUUUACAUUUCUGUUUUUGCUCCAUGAUGCCAUGCUAUAAAUAACAAGAUAAUAUAUUGCACAUCCGGAACUCGUGACGUAAGUGGAGACCCGCAAGUUCGUAAUGGUUCGUAAUCAUUCGUAAUGUCCGAUUAGUUUGAAUUGUUCACGGUUGUAAGCAGUGUAUUUUAUAUUUUAUCUUUGACAGUUAUUUUGACAGGAAUCUCGACACUAAAUUUUUUUCGAACACAUUGAAGUUUAAUGUUAUUUUGCUAAUUAAAUAAUUUCAUCACAGAAUGCAUACAAAUUCCAUUUAACUUUAACAAGAAUUCAAAUUCAACUUCCGGUCUCCAAUUACGUCAUCAUGCGCGAACUCGGACGUAUUUGCGCUACGGGAAGAUACUAUCUCGUUAUUUAUAGUAUCAUGGCUAUUACUGAAUAUUUAGUUUUUAACAUUGCACAAAAAAAGUUUUAAAAAUAAUUUUUAUUUAGAUAGCACCUCCAAUAAUUAUUCUGACUAGCAAAGAACAACCACUUUUUUAAUGAAUGAAAUUACUACUUUAUUAAAGUGGUUUAAUCGAUAAAAUUAGCAAAGCGACUAAAAAUAUCGCGUGGAUAAAUACCACAAAGUAAAAGUCUUCUAGAAAAUUCCUCUUAGAACAGUAGAGCAUUUAAUCUACUUCAGUUUAAAAAACGGGAGGAAGAAAGAAAUAAUGAACAUGAAGAGGAGGAAAGUACGAAAGGGGUAAGAUAUUAUAUAUUAGGGAGAGGCAAGGUCGGCGAUAACGGGCCUGAAAGUGAUGCACUACAGGCGGGCGCCCCUGUUUGGGAAGAGGCCAAAAUGAGGCUUUUUCUGAUGGUGUUAUACAAAAUAUCAAUCUAAAAAACGUAAGAGCGUCUAUGCUAGUUUUGCAGACGGGCACCUUUUACUCUAGCGCUGAGACUAGAGGGAGGAUGAAUGAAUGAACGUGAAGGGGAGGAGAACAAGAAGGUGAAAAGAGAUAAGAUAAAGGUGAAGGUGUAGGUAGCUAAAGGCGAAUGUGCUUAUAAAAGUAAAAAGCAUGGUGAACAUGACUUAAAUGGAAGAAAAUAAGAGUUAGAGGUAAUUUGAAUAUAUAUAUAUAUAUAUAUAUAUAUAUAUAUAUAUAUAUAUAUAUAUAUAUAUAUAUAUAUAUAUAUAUAUAUAUAUAUAUAUAUAUAUAAAGGCAAAACGAGUAAAUAUAUGAACAAAGAUAUAUAAGAUCAUAAAAGAAUCAUUGAAAAUGAAAAUGCUGUAAGAGAAAAGGUGGUUAUUUCAAUUGCUAAGCUUUACCUAAAAUAUACAGGAUGAGUCAUGAGGAACUAUAUAUACUCCUAUCUUGUGUGGAGGCCUCUAUGGAAGAUAUCAACAGCCCAUUGAAAAAUAUCUACUAUGGGACUAAACUACUCUAUUAAACUAUAGGAGCAGGUAUUUGUUAAUGGGCAUUUGACAUUCUCUUGCCAUACGAAGUACUUAUGUAACGGAUAGCUCUGUUACACGCUAGACUCAGUAAACAAAACUUUGAUUUAAAUAAAAAUAUAUUGAAAAUAAAUAAAUUGAAACCAAAGGACGACAUCAAGAAGAUCGACUAAUCAUUACUUUGUCUGAUUAUUUGACAUUUUGGCCUUAGAUCAAUACUGCUCAAAAGCUCUUACCAGAUCAAUACUCUAGCUUGAACUACUGGAUCGGUUGACCUUUGGUUAAUACUCCAGAGUCCAGUGGAGGUCUCACCAGAUCAGUACUCUGGUAGAACUGGGUUCUCUGUCAAUAUCUAUGCUGUUUUUUUUAACUUUGCAUCACCAACGCGCAUAGAAUAGAAGUGGUAGGUAACUGUGGGAGUACAGAGCGGUGGCAAACAGGCGGCGUGAGUUGGUAUUACUAUCGUUAUAUGUAGAAGUUUAUACAAUCCCUCAUGACUCACUCUGUAUAUAAUGAGCGAUUUUCGCGGUUCUGACAAUUUAAAAUUUAUAAUUUUUUGUUUCAUAAGAACAUUUUGUUGGACGUUUUUGAAAACUCUUUAGCUAUGGUAACUCAGUUUUUCAAUUUAUACAGUUGAUAAUUAGUUUAUUUUGGAUUUAGAAUAUUUUAAAAUGUAAAAAUUUUAAAAAUCGUUGAUUCUAUACUACAUUGUCAAAAUGACAGUGUAUCGAUUUAAUAGCUACAACUCUUAUAUUAGAAAGUUUUGCAAUUAAAAUUCUGUAUUUUCGCAAAAAAACUGAGAUGACCUACAAUAAUAUGCCACAUUAGUCUUGACGUGUGCCAUGGCUAGUUAAGAAACAUAUUUAUAUUUUUGUAAUAUGUAGUUCAUUUUCAAAUCUUUUAAGAAAGAUAUUUGAAUUAUUUUGUUGCACCAACACUAGAUAGAUCAUUAAGGUCUUAUUAAGGGGGUAAGCCCAAAAUCUUGGUGCAAUAAUUUUUUUCGAAUCCUGAGAAAACUAAUAAAUAUUUUUGAAAAAUUUGAAUGCAGAAUGAAAGAUUACAUUAUGACCGAGGGCUGAAAGUCCUUAGAAUAAACAAAACGUUUCUUUUGAAUAAAAUAUUUGAAAUUUAAAAUCACACAAAAUGUUCUCUUUAUUUUUCACCCCUGUAACUUACUAAAAUAGACAUUAAUAAGUUUUUAGGGACUUUCGGCCCUUGGUAGAAAGUAAUUUUUCAUUUUGCGUUAAAAUUUUUCAAAAAUACUUAGGUAUUAGUUUUCGCAGGAUUCGAAAAAAAAAAUGAAUGCAUUUAAAUAGCAUUGGACACAGAUUUUGCGCCUAUCCCUUUAAGGAUAAAUUUUACAUGCAAAAAAAUUUCUCAAAAAAGAAAAUAAAUAAUUUGUUGAAUGAGUAACGUAACCUCAAAAAUGCCAGCAUGACGUCACACUAAUAUGGCGUAUAGCUGGGCGCAACUGAAAAUGUUUAAUUUGUUUUUCGCCAUUUUUUUCUUAAUGGCACUCUUUGCAUAACAAAAUAUUCUAUUCUCCACAGUUUUAUGCCUACAUUGUCCCCGUACUCAUUAAUAACAUUUUUCCCCAUUUUGAUCGUCCAUAAAUAAGUGAAAAAAUUAAUAAUCGUCAGUAAAAUAAUUACCUAUUGUUUUAAUGUUUAUUGUUGUUACGAUUGAUAAAACAUGUAAUUUGGAGUCAACAAUAAUAAUUUAUUGUGUCUAAAAUGAUUGUAUGGUUAGUACAAUCAGAAAUAAUGUUUGAGUUUUAUUUAAAAAUGUGUUAAUAAUGUAGAACGAAAAAAACUAGAAAAGCACUUUUUAGACUUGGGACAGGUAAUCGUGAUAGAUAUGUUAGUCAAAAUGAUGGAAAUUUGGAUACAGUUCUAAAUUUUAAAAUUAUUCUUUGUGAAUAAAUAAGUUUUAAAGAGUGUCUUAAAAUUCAUACAAACUUGUUACUUUACGUGACAGGAUUUGAAGUUGCCUCCAUUUGUUCCACGGUUCAAAAAUUUCGUAAAAAAUAUGGUCGGAAUAUUAAUUUAACUUCAUCUACUGUGAAGAGAGUAAUUGCAAAAAUUCGGGAAACUGGAGCAAAUGGUAGGGAAGAGUCGGCUAUUGGUGCGCACCUAAGGCAAAAUCAGGAUAUUGCAAAAACUUGAAGUAUUUCAAGUAAAUGAUGGUUUUGCUUGUUUUUGAUUCAGAAGGAUGCACAAUCGCCGGACAGCUGUUUGACAUGGUGGAAACAGCUGUCCGGCGAUUGUGCAUCCCUCUGAAUCAAAAACAAUCAAAACCAUCAUUUACUUUUCUUUUUUUACUCAGAUUUGAGUACUAGAAAGUUCCUCUUCUGUCCUUUUCCGAGACGAAUAAAAACGGAAUGUGAUUGCAAGGAAUCCUUUUUGUUUUCUACAUUCGUCAUCUGCGGUCUUAUAAAUUGUUAAAGUCGCAGAUUAAGGAUGUAACAGAAAGAACUUUCAACAUGAAAAGUCUCAGAUUUACAUUACUAUUUACCAUUUUAAUGGUGGAUUCUGCAUCUGAGACUCUUCAAUUUGUGAAGUAUUUCAGUUUCCAAAUUUUUGGAGCUAUACUUCAACGGCCCAGAUAUAUUGGUAGAGACCGCAUUCAAUGAAUGGUUGAACAGUAGAACAGCGAGAGGCGAAGUUCCUAAUUAUUGUAACGCCCACAAUUACCCCGCCUCUUUGGCUAUUGGUGCGCAUAUGUCAGAUAACUGUGCGCAAUAAUCGAACUUAAAAAUGACCUUCGAAAAUGUAGUUUAUUGAACAUAAAUAUUAAAGGGACAAACAAAUAGACGAACAAGAUAGGAAACCAUGUUACAGAUAUAUUUAAAAAAUAUAUAUGCAUUGCAGAAGUCACAAAUACGUCCUUCUGGACUAUCCUCUCCUACCUAUACACAUGGCAUGAGCCCAUUGAUAAUAUAUCGAACACGUUCCAUAUCUCGUCGUUUUUACUACCAUCACCACAUAAUACCCAGAAGUCAUUUUCUUCUGACACGGAAUCUUCCAACUCAUCUUCAUCGCUCAGUUCACUUUCUGAAAUAUCUUCGGAGAUGGUGUCUUCAAAAAUCUUCCUUUUCGUACCUACAUUUUUUUAAUUUUGUGAUUUUUACUUUGCCCCUUUGUCCAUUUUGAUGCUUGUUUAAACUAUAUUGCCUUUCUUUUAUUUUUAAAUUUCCAUCUCAACUGUUUCUCUGUUAGGCGUUUCUGAUAAUGUCUGAGAUUUUUGUUUUUUCCGGUAAUUUUUUUGUGGUUUCGGAACCAAAAUGCUGCUGCUGGAUGUACUUAGAACUAAAACAUAAUUAUUUCUUGUAUUCUUAUACCUUGUCGGCUAAUGGUGCGCGAUGCGCACCUUUAGACGACCUUACACUUUACCACAUAACACAAAAUUGAAUAAAAACAAAAAUGAAUCGGGCAAAUCUAACUAUACAAGUGUCUAAAAUGGUAAAUACAUACAGGAUGUUUGGUAAAUAAUGGGCCAUACCUAAACCUUAGAUUUCUGAGCUUAAAAUAGGUCGAUUUAAGCUAACUAACCUUAGUACGAAAGUUGAUAAUAACUGAAAUACAGGGUGUCAAAUUUAAACUUUUAUUUUAUUUAUUCUUGAAUAUUUCCUGACAGGCAUAAGCUAACGACGUGAAGUUUUGUAAUCGGGGGUUUUUUGGGACGAGAAAUCUAAAUUCGCUACCAGAAAUGAUGUCUUACCCAGAGGGCGCCACAUACGUCUUUCAGCGCUCAUUUCAUAGGUUCAAUUUUUUCUCCCCCACUCUACAUACUUUUUGAAUCAAAAUUUUUAUUCUCUUAAUAUUUUUACUUAAAAAAGAUAUAUACUACAUUUAUAUAUCUAAACUUAACAGUUUUCGAAAUAAACGCUUUUUAGAUCUGCGAUGCAACAUAAUUCUUUGCAUAAUAUCAUUGUAGUUACACCCGAAAAAUAAACUUAAAACCAUAAUAAUUGUUUAACUUCUCAUAUUUAUGUUAUUGCAUCGCAAAUUCUAUUAGAAGAAAUUGGCGAUACCUUUUUGGAAAUUAUUAUGGCUUUAAGUUUAUUUUUCGAGUGUAACUACAAUGAUAUUAUGCAAACAAUUAUGUUGCAUCGCAAAUUUAAAAUGCGUUUAUUUCGAAAACGUUUAAGUUUAGCGAGAUAAAUAUAGUAUGUCUUUUUUAAGUAAAAAUAUUAAGAGAAUAAUAAUUUUGAUUAAAAAAGUAUGUAGAGUGUGGGAGAAAAAAAUUGAAAGUAAUAGAUGUGCGCUGAAAGGCGUAUGUGACGCCCUCUGGGUAAUACAUCAUUUUUGGUGGCGAAUUUAGAUUUCUGGUCCCAAAAAAUCCCCGCUUGCCAAAUUUCGUGUUGUUAGCUUAUGCCUGUCAGGAAAUAUUCAAGAAUAAAUAAAAUGAAACUUUACCUUUGACACUCUGAAUUUCAGUUAUUAUCAACUUUCGUACUGAGGUAAGUUAGCUUAAAUCGACCUAUUUUAAACUCAUGAAUCUAAGGUUAAGCUAUAGCCCAUUCUUUAUCAAACACUCUGUAUAUACCAUUUAAACAAUAUUUCUAUCAAGAAAAAAAAUUACUACUUAUUUUCUCAGACACAAAAACAAUAAAAUACUACACGAAAACAUGUAAACGAUAACUGCACCGGUAAAGUAUCUCCCGACAUUCAUUUUUGUGGGAUAGAUCUGGCAGUUGCUGAUAGAUGACGCGAAAAUAUAGUUUUUACACUUAUAUUAAAUAGGAGAUUAGAAACAUUGAUGCGCACAAUUACCCGACGCGCAUCAUUAGCCGACUCUCCCCUAAUGCUAAACACACAAAUCGUCCAAAAACAAGCCGCCCAAAUGUCAAUAUCGAACCAGUGCGUGAGAGUGUUUGUCUAGCUAUCUAUCUAAUUAGCCUUCUUCGGUCCAUCUUUGGACAUAGGCCUCCCCAAUUAAUUUCCAUUCUUCUCUGUCUGUCGCUACAGUUAUCCACCUAGAGCCCACGUGCUUUUAUGACAAUUUUGUUCCAUCGGUCUUCCUUUUGUCUUAUAGUGUGUCCGGCAAAUCUCCAUUUCAACUUUGCAACUUCUUGUCUAACGUCCCUAACUUUGGUUUUCUCUCUUAUCCACUCGUUUCUCUUUUUAUCCAAUAGUCUUAUGUGCAACAUUUGCCUUUCCAUUGCUCUUUGCGUUUUUAUGAUCUUGUCCAUGUUUGCUUUUUUAAACGUCCACGUUUGGGAACCGUAAGUGAGAACAGGGAGUACGCAUUGAUUGUAUACCUUGGUCUUAUAGCCACUUUACACGAUGCAACUAAUUGCGCAAUUAAGUGCACAAUUUCUUGCAGCAAUAGAAAGUGCAUCGUGUCAUACGCGAAUUGCACAGAAAAGCUGCAACUUCUUGCAGCAAUUUCUUGCUGCAAGAAGUUGCAGCUAAAUAGAACAUGUCCUAUUUUUUAUGCAAUUUUUUCUGGAAUUUGGUUAUAUUUUUAGUGAUUUUUAAGGCUACAUUGUUUGUUUUUACUACAUUGGCAUUCUGUCAUCCUAAAUUUCAAACUAAACAAUUUUUUAACAAAAUAUAACAAAAUUUAACAUAAGAUAACAUUAUUCUGGUGGAUAACUUUAAUUAUGAACAUAGGGAUUAAAAAGACUAUUUUCUAUUUGUAUUUCUUACAACUUAUUUCCUUUUGUAAAUGAAUAAAAAGGUGUACUUGCAUUACGUAUUAAUUGAUUUUGUUAUAAUAGGUACAUAUUAUUAUAAUUUUCUCAAAUUAUAAUCUAACAUUUUUAAUCUAAUAUCUGAUAACUCUACUCAAAAAAUUACAUUUAAUUUACAAAAACAACAUAACCUAAAAUUUAUGCUAUUUUGCAGUUUCUGCAAUUGCUUGCACCAUGCAAUCACUUUAUUGCAGAAAGUUAGUUGCAACUUAUUGCGCAAGAAAUUGUGCAAUUAAUUGCGCAAUUACUUGCAUCGUGUAAAGUGGCUAUUAAGAUGUUGUGGAUAUCUUUUGCCUGCGUUUCUUCCGUAUUUCUCCAUCUUCUGAUCCGUCGGUAUACAUAUAGUUCUAUUCCCAGGUAUGUAAACAUUCCAACCGUUUCAAUGUCAUCUUCAUGUAUAAUUUCCAGACCUAGCCUUUUUAUUUUCGUUUUUAACUCUGCGUAAUAUGCUUCCUGUGCUCCUGUUGAUGUUCUACUCAUAAUAUUAAAACCCCAUUUCGAUUGCUGUAAUUUUGUACCUGUUGCGUUUGUUUAUAACCCAAUUAUCUGCUCUAUUUUUGCUGUUCCUGUUACUAUUUUUAUUAUUUUCAUUGCUGGAAUUACACCGCGAAUUGAAAACUAAAGUAUUUUAGUAUUUUCUUCUUUUAAUAUGAAAAUUAUAAUACCGGAAUUGAACAUACCUAUUUAGGUAGGUACCUACUUUAAAUUACAAAAAUUGCGACAUUUUGAUCUGAACAUAUCUACCAUCUUGUCUACCUACAUUUUAUAAAAUAAUAUAGCACAAGUGAGUAGAACAAAAUAAACUUAUAUGACGAGCAUUAAAUACUUUCCUGCUAUGAUAGUGUCCUCUAGUGUUUACUUUAAAGUAGAUAUGAUAUAAUGUAGUGAUAAUAAUUAUUAUAAUUGGAUUUAAUCAUUUCUAAUAUUACCAGCAGUUUACUGAAUAAGUUCCUAGCUGCUAGCUAGAUGAGAGCCAAAACAUAAUAAACCAUUGGAUACAAAUGCAAACUCAAACUUAGGCACAUCAAAGAAACAUGAAACGUAAAUCACGUUUCAUGGAAAUAAAACACUGCUAAAUAAAUAAACGUCCGGCCAUUUAUAAGAGUCUCCGAAAAUAAAAAUGUUUUAUGAGCAUGAAUCACACUCGUUUUAUUGGUAGGCGGACUUCAAGAUUUGUUUAGCCGUGUUUUAUUUUCAUGAAACGUGUUUUACGUUUCAUGUUUUACGUUUCAUGUUUCGUUGGUGUGCGGCUUGCCUUACGAUACGAUGCCCAUAGAAACUGGUUCCGUCGACUUUUUCAGUGGUAUAGCCAGCGGCGGAUCUACAGGGGGCUUAAGGGAAAUUCCCCCUUCCAACAGGGUCCAAAAUUAGAAAAAAAAAUGUUGAAACAAAAAAAUAUAUUAGCUGACAUGAAACUUAAACUUUUAAUGGAACUUGCAUAUAAAUUAUUAUUAUUUAUGUCUUUUAAAUAGUUUGUCUUCGAAUUUUUAUGUGUCUUUUUGUUGUUGUUUCAUAUUUCAUUGGAAGUGCCAACCACAAUUAAUAUGUACAGGGUGAAAGAAUUGAAAAAAAAAACAACAUAUUUUUACAUAAAAACUAGUAAAAACACAACUUUUGGUAAAUCGAUUCUUCCGGUUUAAGACCUCGAUCUUAUACAUAAAAAACCCUAUACUUAUACCAAAUUUGGUUGAAAUCGGACGUAUCGUUCAAAAGUUAUCUAUAUUUGAGUUAUAAUAGUUAGUUAUAAAAGUUAUAAUAGUUAGUCACAUAUGUAUAUGGGCCAUUCCACGAACAUACGCCUGUUUUGGAUUACUUCGACAACGAAUAUUUUACUGUGCAACAUAAGAAGUACGAAAGUAAAAUGGCGCUAAUAAUUAUUCCAAUAAACAACAAUGUAAUUUGCAAUUUACUUUUGUUCUUCUUAUUUUGCACAGUAAAAUAUUCGUUGUCGAAGUAAUUCAAAACAGGCGUAUAUGUUCGUGGAAUAGGGUAUAGUUGCCAUUUUGAAUGCCCGCCAUUUUUGUAAAAGGCAAAAUCUGAGAUGGCCUCGUUUCUAAAUUUCAACCUUUGUAUGUAUGUGUAGUAUAUGUGGUCCAAAUUAUAUGCUUCUAUCAUUAAAUGCACAAUUGUUUCACAUAUCGGCUGCACUAUAUAGAUCUACAGGAAUAACAGGUUGUAUCUUCAGUUUUAUAAAUUUAUGUUGUACGACUCACUUAAGAAACGAUAUUUGUUAAUAGUUACAUAGAUUUGAGACAAAGUAAGCUUUUUUAACAAUUAUUGUACUCAUUAAUAAUCUUAGGUACGCUGAAGAUACUGUUAUCAUAAUAUGCUAUAAUCUCCAGAGCAUUCACGAGUUAUUGGAUUGUGUAAAUACGACAAGAAUAGAAAUGGGUCUAAAAAUGAAUGUUUCUAAGAUAAAAUUUAGAUAUUAAGUCGCCAAUCUCACAACAAUGCUUCAACAAAACAUUGCGAAAAUGACUCACUUUAAACAUCUGUGAUGCUACAUUACAGAAUCACUAGACUCAAGUAAAGAGAUCAAAAGCAGAAUUAAUGCAGCUCCUUACAUGUACAAACCACUUUAACUGCUAUUCACUAUAUUCACACUUUAUCGCGGUUCGUUUCAGUUCAUUUCGUGUUUGUUUGUUUCGAUCUACGACAGCUUCAUCACAAAGGGACGAUUUCUGUAGAAAUUACUAUGAUAUGUUCCAUCGUUAUUGGCAGGUAGGGACGUUUCAAAACUUCAUGAACCUUCGAAUACGCUUGCCGAAAAAAAAAAUGAAUUCUAAAAAUACAUAUUAACUAUUUUAGUUUCAUACCGAAUUCAGUUAAAGUUUUAAAAUCGACUGUUAGAAAAAAAAAGUGCCAACCAGGCAACCAAAUAACGUUUACAAAACGUUGAAAGGACGUCAUAAUUAUCACCAAACUACGUCAGUUUGUCACGUUUUUUUUGACGUCGAAAGUCACGUGAAUAUGUCCCACCAUAACUGACGCCAUUUUUAUCACGUUUUAAAUACGUGAUAUAAAAAACGUAGUUUUUUUUCGUUUUUUAUAUUAUUUUUCAUUUUAUGGUUUCAAAAAUAAACAAUAAUUAUUCGUAUGUGCCUUGUUGGUAUUGCAAUUUUUCAUUUAACUGUUUUAAAUUGAGCUUAUACCAAAUGGGAGACUUUAUAAAAUGAUAUACUUAUUGAAUUUUCACUUUUUAUAUACCUAGGUAUACUUACUGUGUCAAAACUGAAACAACAUACAAUAAACUAAUAAAUAAUGUAUUAACAAAUUAAUUUAAUUAAACUCGAUAACACAUAAUUAGUUCAAAAACAAAACAAAGUACAUAACCUCAAUCCGUUUUCAAGAAGAACACUAUUGCAUUAAACUAACUCACUUGAGAAAAACGAAUAAAAAUCUCUUAAUUAACACGUUUCUUCAACUAAAUAUCUAAGUGAAGUCUUAUUUUAGCACACAAAGCACGUAAACAAUAAAUGAAUUUCUUAUGACAAUUUAAGCUUAGAAAGUUAUAAACGUUAAUAUACAUUACAUUAUAAGCAUUAACUCGUUAAGCUUCUCCCAUUUUUGUGACGUUAGACUUGGGUUGUCUGAAAUGAAAACGUGUUUUUAAAGGUAUUUUAACUUCAUUAAUCUUACGUAUUUAAAAUCACCUACAGAAGACGUUUAUAUGACGUAAUGUUUAAACACGUGCAUAUAUUCAACCAAAAGCUGACGUUUCCUCGACGUUAUUGACGUCACUUGGUUGCAUGGGAAUCGACUUUGUCUCGAAUAUAUUUAACCACACUAAAACAGAAAAACAUACUGCUAUUAUAUUAAAACACUUAAUAGGCAUCACUCACCCAUAAUUUCUCUAGGAAAUUUAGCGUAUUAUAUAUACUGCAACAAUUUUUUCUAAAACAAAAUUUGAGGCCAAAAAUCUGUGAAUUAGGAAAUAAAAUUGAUAUAUAUUUUGUGGUAAAUUAAAAAGUUACGUAUAUUUUUGUUAUUUGCUUCUAAACUUUAAGAUGUAUUAUAGUUGUCCAAUAUAUAAAUACAAAGUUUUAAUAAAGUAUAAUAAAUAAAUUA